GGUCUUGACAGGUUUUAUUGUUUCCACUACUACUCCGUAGAAAAAACGCACGAACCAGUUGGUGAAUGUCGAUUAAAACAAGUACCUUGUUUCUCCCACUUUCUAAGCCCCUCCCUUCUUGACUGUAACCCUCAUCAUACUGUAUCAACUGGACACUUGCCCCCCCUCCUUGCAUGAUAUCCUGCAUGAGAGAGACAAGGCUCCAACCAACAUACAUUACGCAGCCCACACACAGUCGAUCGCUAAGACAGCAGUGACUAAUGGCACCGCCGUCAGACGGUUUGUCCUCGAUUCACUACCGGCCGCUAGAUCUGGCGGCGCGUGAAGUGAGGAUACUGGAGCUGCAGCCCUCGCCGAAUAACGACAUCAACGACCGAAUUGUAUGUCGCCUUGUGCACGAGAAACUAUGCGAUGCGCCUGACUUCAUUGGUCUUUCCGCUCUCUACGGUGACAUUACAAAAACAGAGCCCAUUUUACUUAAUGGCCAAAGAGUAGCUAUACCGUCCGACCUGGCCGAAGCGAUCCGGUACACCCGCGAAGUCUUCCUUGGACCCCGUGCCCAAUCCGUUAUCAACAACGCCUCCUCCUCGAGGGUUGAUCUUGAGACAGAAAGGACAAUCAGCAAUCACCAACAGCAACAACCAGAACCCUCCCCACCACCGUCGCCGACAAAGAAACCCCCCGGAUGGCUACGUUCAUUCCUCCGAAAGCUAGUUGACCCGGGCUCCGCGAGAUGCGACAAGCCUCCACUACGAAUCUGGAUUGAUCUAUUAUGCAUCAACCGUCGCGAUAGAAAAGAAGAGGCUGAGCGACGUGCACAUAUGGCUCGUGCGUACCGCGAGGCCAAGUUAGUCGUUGGAUGGCUGGGACCCAAGGAUGCGACGUCUGAUCUUGCGAUUGAGAUUAUACGGGCGUGGGAUAAGUGCAUGCCAGCCAAUUUCGGAGAACCAGGUGAUCGUGAGGCGAACCCAGCGAACUACGCGCCUAUUCUGCAGUGGAUGGGGCCCGUAGCUCAUCUCAGUGACAUUCCUGAGGGGAUCACGGACCCAACGGAAGUACCCAGCUACAAAGCCAUCUCAGGCUUCUUGAACAGGCCGUAUUUUCGGAAUACCUGGAUCCUCGAUGAUAUCGCCCAGGCGCAAUUUCCGACGUUCAUGGUCGGUGAUGGUAUUGUGUCUUGGAUGCAGAUUCUGCGCCUAAAUCGUGUCAACGAGGAUAUUAAAGAUCACGGCGCAGAAAUGUUUCCCAGCGAAUUACGGCCUUUAUUGGAGUAUAUGCCGCUGGGUAGUGUGUACACGUUUCUUAAGGAGUUUGAUCGUCGGCAGAAGUUAGAAGGAUUUCGGCCUGUGUUUUCGAAUACGCCCGCAAGUUCUAUUAGGAGUUCGGCGUCGAUGACGGGAUUGAAGGCAAAGGGAAGAUGAGCUACGGAGUUUUCUUUAGGUAAUCUAGAUGGUAUAACGUUCUUGGGUAAUUUGAUUUAUGUUGCUAUGGAGAAUGAAUGGUCUGUUAUGGUUACGAGUUUGUAUCGAUGUUUCCAGCUUAGAUAGCGGCGCGAGGUAUACCCUAUCGUGAGUAAUGCCAACUCACCAAGUCAAUUCACGUAUCUUGUCCAGCACCUGUUCUAGAAGUU